GGCGUGACAUGCUCCAGCAUCACUCAGGCUCAGUGCAAGGAUCCCAAAUGGCGUGAGAUCAUCGCACGUGACUGCCCCAAUGUGUGUGGAUUCUGUCUGGAAGGAGGAUGUGUAGAUGCAGCCAUCGAGUGCGCUAACGAUAAGAGCAUCUGCAGAAACAUUGACAUGCAGGCAUUCACAAUGGCUAACUGCAAGAAGACAUGCGGCUAUUGUGAAAAUUCAUCUACUACGUCCCCAGGAGGUUACACUAACUCGCCAGGCACAUGCGUCGACAACAGCUCACGAUGCGCCUCAUGGAAGUCGAAUGGAUUCUGUGAGAACGCCUUCUACACGACCGCUCAGAAAAUGCAGAAUUGUGCCAAGACCUGCGGAUUCUGCAAAUAG